AGCAAGACAACGUGGACUUCCAGCAACCUGAUCGGAAGCUCAUAUCCUGCUGCCAUACAAGUGUGACUGCUGCAAAACGACUAAGUUAAAGCUUUAAAGCUGUAGCGUGUGUUUUAAAUAUUAAAUAUAUAUAUAUAUAUAUAUAUAUAUUAAUUCUCAGUUAGCGUUCAUAAGUAACGUGGGGUUAGAAGCGGAGAGCUUUUAAAAAACCAGCGUUAGUUGUCUACUUAGCGUUGACCUUAUUCAAGAUCUGCUGCUUUGCUGCACUUGACGUGGGUUUUUUUUUUUUUUUUUGUGUGUGGAAGUAGUUAGCAUUUAGCCGCCACUGCCAUUAGCCCAGUGUUAGUUUGAAUUGUAGUGCAGCUCAGGGUUAGGAGAGAGAGAGAAGAGCUAAACAUUACUUCAUGACAAUGACUGCAGAGGAGCAGACGAGUGAAGGACAACACACCAUCCCGAUGGAGGGGGAGGAUGUCACGCCGAAGAAAGACGGGGGUGUUUUAAAGCUGGUGAAAAGGGAAGGCACAGGCACAGAGCUGCCCAUGACUGGUGACAAAGUGUUUGUACAUUACGUGGGCACGCUUCUGGAUGGUACUCACUUCGACUCGAGCAGAGACAGAGGAGAGAAGUUUUCCUUCGAGCUGGGCAAAGGCCAAGUAAUAAAGGCAUGGGACAUCGGUGUAGCCACAAUGAAAGUGGGUGAGUUGUGCCAGCUCAUCUGUAAACCAGAGUAUGCUUAUGGAUCUGCAGGUAGUCCACCCAAGAUACCCCCGAAUGCUACUCUUGUUUUUGAGGUGGAACUUUUUGAGUUUCGAGGUGAGGACAUAACUGAGGAUGAGGAUGGAGGAAUCAUCCGUCGGACUAUCACUAAAGGGGAGGGAUAUUCCAAACCUAAUGAAGGAGCUGCUGUUGAAGUAACUGUGGAGGGUUCCUGCGAGGGACGUGUGUUUGACGAGAGAGAACUGAAGUUUGAGAUUGGAGAUGGAGAGAAUCUUGGCUUGCCAGCUGGAGUAGAGAAAGCUAUCAUGGCUAUGGAGCAGGGGGAGGAGGCACUCUUCACUAUGAAGCCUAAGUAUGGCUUUGGGAAUGCUGGAAAUGCAAAUUAUAACAUUCCUGGCGGAGCAACACUGCAAUACAAAAUCAAACUGGCAGCGUUUGAGAAGGCUAAGGAAUCGUGGGAGAUGAACACUGGAGAGAAGCUGGAACAGAGCAGUAUUGUCAAAGAGAAAGGAACACAGUAUUUUAAGGAGGGGAAAUACAAGCAGGCGUCAGUGCAGUACAAAAGGAUCGUGUCUUGGCUGGAACAUGAAUCUGGUUUGUCAGAAGAGGACGAGAAGAAAGCGAGAGCAUUGCGGCUGGCUGCACAUCUGAACUUGGCCAUGUGCUACCUUAAACUACAGGAGCCAAACCAAGCUCUAGAAAGCUGUGAUAAGGCUUUGGAGUUGGAUGCAUCCAGUGAGAAGGCUCUGUUCCGAAGGGGCGAGGCACUCUUUGGCAUGAAGGAGUUUGAUAGGGCAAGAGAUGACUUUCAACAGGUUGUUCAACUGUAUCCUGCCAACAAAGCUGCCAAGAGCCAGGUGGUUCUUUGUCAGAAACGUAUCAAGGAGCAGCACGAGAAAGACAAACGCGUCUACGCCAACAUGUUCCAGAAAUUUGCAGAGAGGGAUUCAAAGAAAGAAGCAGAGAAGGUGAAGACUGGAAGCAAGGAGAACGGUGCAGAUGAGAUGGAGAUUGAGAACGGAGAAAAGGAGGAUGCAAGCGAAGCAAAGGCGUAGAUAAAGAUGUGACUAUUAUGGUUCAUCUGUUCUUCAGACUUUUGUAUUUUCAGCCAUUUGUGUUUAAGGUGUGACUGUGUGAGCAUAUGAAAUGUGUGUGCGUGUAUGAGGUCGAGCGUGUAAAAACAAGAGCACUGAUCUUUGGGAGUGUCUUCUCUGGCUUUCUUUGUGUCCGGGCUUUUUGCUGUGGCUGCUAGCGGAGCCGGUGGGGCUUCUCCAGCUGAUGGCACUGUGGGACGUGGUUUUAAUAAAUGAAUUGUAUGCCACAACCCCACCCCUGAACCGUUUCAACCCACAGCUUUGAACUGUGCAUGUGUUCUCACAGCGUUCUGGGUAGGAAACAAGUGCAUCCAAGUGUUAAGUGCAGCAUUUCAAAACCCUCACCCGUCAAGGGCUAGACCAUUCACCUUGCACUACCCCCCUCUGUCCUACACCCCUCCUCACAUUUUAUGCUAUCCAUCCAACCCUCCUCUCAUGGGCCUACUGAUCAAUUCCUGGAGUUGUGAUGGUUGUGUGCAUAGAUGUGAUGCGUUUGAAUGUUAGAGUGCUUGUGUCCCAAAGUACGUAUGUAGCAGCACUGUGGAUAGCUGAUGUAAUAAGACGUUAACCUGGAAUAGCUGUCAGAGCUUCUUUCUCAAUCUAAAUACGGAGCUCCCCUAUAACCCCCAGGGUACAGGACUGUUCACCUUUUCUUUGGAAAUACUGACUUUGUACUCCCCCCCCCACACCCCAGUGUUGUGCUUGUGAUUUUCUGUACUGUUCUCAAAAUGAUGAAUACAACCAAUUAAUUAACUGGAAUAUGUGCAGCCAGCUAGAAAGGACAUUAAUCAGCUUCUCCUGGACACACUCGAGUAAUAAACAGUCAAGUCUUUAGUCUUAAUUUACUGUAAAAAAAGUAAAAUGUUUUGAACGUGUGCAUAUAUGGCUCAUCAGAUUCGGGCUGUUACAGACUGUAUGCUAGAGGAGGAUGCUAGCCCUGUUUGUUCAUUUUUAGUCAACAGCACCUGUAGAGUUGGUCAGAAACUGAGCUUGGGGGGCUAAUUUAAAAACGGAGCUGUGGGUUGUGUGUUGAGUUUAUCUUUGUCUGUUGGAAGGGUCACUGCUUGGUCUGCCCUGACAGAACGAUAUAAUAAACAAUAGCUACAACUUGA